ACCCCGACUAUGCAUCUCUCGAAACGCCGAAAACCUCCAGCGUAGACCUAUCAUCGAAUUCGCGAACCUCACAUUUGGUUAGAAGAUACGGCGCAAGAUGAGUGCUCCGGCACAGAACCCAAAGCAGACCUCCCGAUGGGGUUCUUUGCUCUCAGGCGCCGUUGCGGGCCUCGAGUCACGCUUAGACACCAUAUUGGCGGAGGAUGACCAGGCGUCGGCACGGGCGAGAGCUGCAGAGGCCAAGGCGAAGCAGGAAGCUGCGGAGAAAGCUGCAGCAGAGAAAUCGAGGCUGCAGCCAGAGCCUGGCAUAUCACGAAAUCCCUCGAGAAGCAGACCCAAUUCACGGUUACAAGAUCGGCUGGCAAAGGCAGUAGUCAAGGGAGCAGACAGGCCCAGGUCGAAUAGCCGGACGUCGUCAGACCUGCCGUCAAGGACUGCUAGUCCCGCGCUGGGGAGUCCUGCAUUGGCUGCAGAACUGGGUCGCACGAGCUUGGACUCAAAGGUUUCGGACACGACAUCUGAGCCUGUACCGCAGCAGCUGCCCGAGAAGACCGAUGGCCAGACAGCUGAAGAUGCAGCAACAGAAGAGCUUCCCCGAGCCUCAUUUGACGCUCCCCCCUCAGAUGUUGCUACAACAACGCCAUCCACAUCAGUGCCAAUACCCGAAAUUAAUGCACCCUCCGCCCCUUCACCACGAACAUCUUUCGACUCAAAUCCGUCUCGGCCCUCCUUCGACCUUUCUACCACCCAAGUCAUCGAAAAUGAGGAAUUAUCCCCACGAACCAUAUCAGAGUAUGAAACAGAACUCUCCUCCCUCCGCAAAAUCCACGAUCAGACCCUCUCCGAGCACCGUGAAGAGCUGCAUUCCCAUCUCGAGCGUAUCGACGCCCUCCAAUCGAAACUCACCUACCUUUCUCAGUCUCUUGCCUCCCAAGCAAAAACCGCAGCAAAGUCUGCAGAUUCAAAUGACCCGCUUGAGAAGAAACUCGCGGAUAAAGAUACGCAGAUUGCCGCGCUGAUGGAGGAGGGGCAGAAUCUUUCCAAGACGGAGUUGAAGCACUUGAAUGCUAUCAAGAAGAUGCGUCUGAAGGCUACAGAGACUGAGAAGGACAUUACGAGUCUCAAACAGCGGCUUUCAAGGGCGGAGAAGAGCAUUGGCGAUACUGUUGAGCGUGCCAAGCGUGCUGAAGCAGCCGAGAGGGCUGCACAGGAGAAGCUGAAGAUUGUGGGGCGGAUAGAGAAAGAUGUGGAUGCGCUGCGAGCAGAGCGUGAGGAAGCGGGGUUGAUGAUAGGGGAGCUGAGACGGCAAUUAUCGGAUGCGUUGGCUAGGGCUGAAGAGGCGGAAAGAAGAGCAAAGUCCGGGCAAUUGGAGGCCGAGAGGAGAGUGACGGCAGACCUUCGCGAAGACCUUGAGAAUACUCGAAUAGAGAAGAAACUGGCGGAAGAUCGAUUCAAGAAGGAGAUCCAGGAGGUCAGAGAGGAUGCUGCGAGACAACAAGAACGGGCCAAAAUUGUGGAGCUAGAGCUACGCGGAGAGAUUACAAACCUCGAAACCAAGCUCGAGCUCCUCCGGACCCGAACCGAAGAAGUCUCAUCCUCUGCCACUGGUGACUCCCAAGCCAAGCUCCUUCGGCAGAUUGAAACUCUGCAAAGCCAAUACGCCUUUGCGUCCGAGAACUGGCAGGGCAUCGAAGGCACCCUUACAUCCCGUGUCGCUGCAUUGGAGAAAGAGCGCGACGAGACCGCGAAGCGUGAGAGCGACAUCCGCCGCAAAGCCCGUGACGUCAACUCCAAGGCUCGACGACUAGAGGACGAACUCGAGGCGAUCAAUGACCGAGCUCGCGCCCUAGAGCAAGAUCUGGCCGAGCAGCGAACACAGAGCCAGAAAGCCCAAGCGCGGCUCGCACAAGCAGAAUCAGCAGCGCAAGAAGCGCGCGAAGCGGUGGACCGAGAGAAGAAGAUGUGGGAAGCAGAUCUCCAGCAGAAGCUCGACGAGGAAAAGAUCAAAUGGCGGCUAGAACUGCAAACGAAUCACCCAGAUGCGAACUACUUACGCGCUGAUUCGCCUUCAGCACCUGGGUCCACAAACCGAAAGCAUUCCAGUGCUGAUCCUCUCGGCAUCCACACCCGCAGAAACCUCAAUCGGACCACGUCAAACGAGCUCUCACUCUCCCCCAUGGACAGAAUGCUGGAUCAGAGACCCAGCAGCCGUAAAUCUGCUCAACCACUCCGGACCCCUGAAAUCGGAACACCGACGCGCCACGACUCCAUUCCACACUCCCUCUCCACGCUCAAUGGCGCAAGCAUGUCACAGACACCAUCCAUCACUUACGACCACGAUGAAGGCUUCGACAACAAUUCGUCUCCCCACCGCACAAUCAAUGACAUGAUCUCCGUCAGCACCGUUGGCGCAGGCCCCACCGUCCAGCUAGUCGAACGCAUGAGCGCUGCCGUCCGUCGACUAGAAUCAGAGAAAGCGACCUCGAAAGAGGAAAUGGCACGACUGGCAGCACAGCGUGACGAAGCGCGCGAAGAGGUCGUCGCAUUGAUGCGGGAGAUCGAGGAGAAGCGGGCGGCGGACGAGCGGGUCGACAAGCUCGAAAAGGAGCUGAAGGAGAUGGACGAGCGGUACCAGACCACGCUUGAGAUGCUGGGCGAGAAAAGCGAGCGCGUCGAGGAGCUGACGAUUGACGUGGCGGAUUUGAAGAAGAUCUAUAGGGAUCUGGUCGAG